UAUUUUGCAGACAUUUUUACGAACUUCGAAAAAAGACAAACUACUAAAUGAGAAAAUAACAACGACAAAAAGAAUAAAAGAAUAUUAGCUGUUGACAUAAAAAUCAAUAAAUAUAAAUAAAUUAACCAAUCCCUCUCUUUUUAUCUCUUACCUCACCCUCUCUAAAGCAGAACCUCAUAGUUUCGUUUUGCUUUGCUCAAAUAUCUUAUAAAUUUGGUGAACAGAACAAUCAUUACUUGCAGUGGUUCACCAUCUCUCUCUCUUUCUCUCUAUCAUAAGAACUCAUAAGCAUUACUCAGAGAAGAGAGAAAAGACCUAAGAACUCAUACCAUGACUUCCAUUAGAAGCAACCUUCUCUUCCAUCUUCUUCUUCUUCUUCUUAUCCCUUCACUACACCAAGCUCUUAACACAGAUGGUGUUGCUUUACUCUCUUUCAAAUACUCAAUCCUCAAUGACCCUCUCUCUGUUUUUCGCAACUGGAACUACGACGAUGAAACACCAUGCUCUUGGACUGGUGUUACCUGUACAGAGCUUGGGAGUCACAAUACCCCAGGUAUGCUUAGAGUUACAAGCUUGGUUCUUCCUAGCAAACAACUUCUGGGUUCUAUCUCUCCCGAUUUGUUUUCGAUACUUCAUCUACGGAUCUUUGAUCUCUCCAACAAUUUCUUUCAUGGGUCACUGCCGGAUUCAGUGGCUAAUGCUACUGAGCUUCGUGUUCUGUCUCUUGGGAACAACAAGGUUUCUGGUGAAGUGCCCAAUCGUAUCAGCAACGUGGCUAGUCUCCAGCUGUUGAAUCUCUCCGCUAAUGCAUUCACCGGAAAAAUCCCUCCCAAUCUCCUACUUCUCAAGAGUCUGACGGUCCUUUCCUUGGCAAAGAACUCCUUCUCAGGCAACAUUCCAAGUGGGUUGGAAGCAGUACAGGUUCUCGAUAUCUCCUCAAAUCUUCUAGACGGAUCUCUUCCUCCAGAUUUCAUGGGAACAAGUUUGCAUUACCUAAACCUAUCACACAACCAAAUCUCCGGAGUGAUUUCCCCAAGUUUCACCAAGGAGUUUCCAGCAAACGCCAUCCUCGAUCUCUCCUUCAACAAUCUAACAGGACCAAUCCCUGGUACACCACCAUUACUUAACCAAAAGACCGAGUCUUUUUCUGGUAAUCUUGGCUUGUGUGGGCAGCCAUUGAAGACCCUUUGUUCAAUCCCUUCUACUAUUUCAGACCCACCAAAUAUCUCUGACACUACUUCACCUGCAAUAGCAGUCAUGCCCACAAAUCCAACACCAACAACAACAACAACAACUCCAUCAGUAGCAUCACCAACUCAAACAGCCAAAAGCAAACUAAAACCAAGCACAAUCGUAGGCAUUACACUAGCAGAUAUUGCUGGUCUUUCUAUCAUAGCCAUCUUCAUCCUCUACAUAUACCAACUCAAGAAACGUAGAAGCAACCAAGAAUACAGCACUUUCAGCGUCUUACAAAAGUGUCUCGAGAAAAACGAUACAGUACCCAUCAAGAAAUCAAAACACAACAUAGUCCCUGCCUCAGAGAUCACGAAAUCUCCACCCACAAAAACUGGAUGCGGCUCAUGGAUAACUCGUCGGUACGACGAUACAACGUCAACAUCAUCCGAUAGCGAUGUAGAGAACCAGCUGCAAGAGAAGAAACCCACUGAGGCAUUUAAUCGAACAAGUGGUGCGUCACAAUUAGUAACAGUCGAUGGAGAGACUCAGCUAGAGCUGGAAACACUACUAAAGGCAUCAGCUUACGUACUUGGUACAAGCAGAAGCGGCGGGAUCGUGUACAAAGCCGUGUUAGAGAACGGCUCAGCUUUCGCAGUGCGGCGGAUCGGGGCGGAGAGUUGUACGACGGCGAAAUUCAAAGAAUUCGAAAAGGAGGUUCAGGGUAUCGCUAAACUUCGUCACCCAAAUCUCGUUAGGGUUCGUGGCUUCGUCUGGGGAAACGAAGAGAAGCUUCUCAUCUCCGACUAUGUCCCAAACGGAAGCUUACCUCUCUCCUCCAUCUCCGCUCAUUUUAGCAAUUUGUUUUUAAUUAACGCUCCAAUAUCAGCGCAUACUCUCUCCUUUGAGGCAAGGCUCAAGAUAGCAAGAGGGAUAGCUAAAGGACUUGCUUAUAUCCACGAGAAGAAGCAUGUGCACGGCAACAUAAAGCCCAAUAAUAUUCUAUUAGACUCUGAAUUUGAGCCUGUAAUUACUGAUAUGGGCCUUGAUCGUGUUAUGACUCCGGCCCAUUUACUCGCGGAUGGACCAGUUUCGAUUUCACAACAUCAUCCGCCUGAGUGGUCAACUAGUCAGAAACCAAACUCCAAAUGGGAUGUUUACUCAUUUGGUGUGAUACUCUUGGAGCUUCUCACAGGCAAAGUUUUUCCGGUCGAUCGAGAUCUUGUUCGCGAUUCGGAGACCGAUGAGAAAAGUUGGUUCUUGAAGUUGGUUGAUGGGACAAUUAGGGUUGAUGUGGCUCGCCGCGAAGAUGAGGUGGUCGCCUGGUUUAAGUUAGGUUAUGGUUGUGUCUCUUCCUUGCCUCAAAAGCGACCGUCCAUGAAGGAAGUGGUGCAUGUGCUAGAGAAAAUGGUUGUUUAGUUGUUUGUUUGCCGACAAAACAAAAAAAGUUGUUUGUUUUAGUCAAAGUUAGAAAAGAUUUCAUAAAUUUGUUCUAAUACAAAUUGAUUACUUUGCCUCUUUUGAGUUGUUAAUUGCUUCUUCU